AUGGACACAGUGCAGCCCCUGUACCAGGCAGCUGACCUCCUCCAACUGGACUAUGUGAGAGAUACCUGCAAAAGCUGCAUGGCCAUGAACGUGGAGCGCUCCACCUGUGUGGACCUGCAGCUGUACAAGUUUGCUGAUGUCUUCUCAGUGGACAAUGUCUUGAAACGUUGCCUGGAGUUGAUCCAUAGAAACUUUGUUGAGGUUGCCUCUAGCGAGGAGUUUUGCAGCCUGAGUGUGAAUCAGCUGACUGAGAUCAUCAGCCAUGAUGAGCUGGGUGUUACAGAGGAGAUAACAGUGUGGGAGGCUGUGGUGAGAUGGGUGCAGCAUAGUAAGAAGGAGAGACUGCACCACCUACCCAGCAUCCUGCCUCACAUCCGCUUCGACCUGCUAACCUCAGACGAUACGGCAGCCAUCUUGGAACACCCCCUUGUAGGGGAGGAUCCUGGGAUUUGUAAGGUCAUCAGGAAUGUGCUACAGAAAGGGAAUCCCAUCCUGAAGCCGAGGCAUGGGGUUACCAUGGAGAUGGCUCUGCUAUACAAGAUAGAGCACAGUUCCAAUGAGAUCCUCUUCAUGAACCCUCGGGAAGGGAAGUACAUCAGCUGCAGUUACAAAGAUGAACCAUUUGCUGGUUACUCAGCCACCACAGUCACCAGUGAUAACAACAUUUACAUCCUGGAAACAAAGAAAGAAUCAGACGAAGAGGAACAGCUUUCCCUCUUUAAGUACAAUCAUGUAAAGAAUGUUUGGGAGCUUACAGGUUUGUCCUCAGCAUCCAGGGAACCGGGAACCCACAUCAAGUACCUUUUCGAAAUUGAUCAGAUUUUGUAUUACAUGCGUGAUUAUUACACUCCAUCACGAAAAGUUCGGUUGAGAAAGUACAAUCAGCACACAAACCAUUGGCAGGAGUGUGCACAGCUACAACUUGAAGAAAGUACGCAACACGGUGACUGUGCAGCAUUGUCCUGUGGGCCACACCUCUAUUUCCUUACAAGCACGGAAGUAUAUCGCUACGACCCAACGGAGGACAGGUGGAGCAAGCGGACCGCACCAGGGAUCAUUCAUCAAGUCCAUUCAGCUGUUGCCAUGGGAACAGAGAUUUUCUGUACAGAUCUCUACUUCGAUAAUACCAUCGUGUACGACACAGAGUCAGACUGCUGGCAGAAACUGCAAGGUAGGGAGUUGCAUCCCCCUGAACUCGACUAUAUGGAUGUUGAUCCUAGUCUUUUCGCAAUGGAGAACCAGCUGCACAUAUUCUUAAGAUAUACCAGUGACUUCGAAGAAGACAAAUAUCGGGUAUAUGUGUUUGACAGGUCUGCUGAUUCCUGGAGAGACUUGAAGGCCACUCUGCCCAAUGAGAGUUAUAUACCGCGUGCCUGCUAUUGCCCUGUUGCACGCAUUAGUCUACCAUAUAUUAAGAAUACAUGAAAACAUCAUAUCGUUCCAGUGUUUAUGAGCAGGACAAGGUACCAUGCAAAACCAAUAAACGACAAUGGGACAGCUGUCAUAUUAGAUUUCAUUGGUUGGCAAGACAGCUUUCGGGAACGAAAAGUAGAGUAGAAAAGAUCGAAAUACACAAAAGGUAAUAAAUCAAUAAUCAUCAUACUUUUUGUGUAUUUCUUAAUAAAUUUCAGUUUCCGCAAAUAUCCCUGCCGAGCCAAGGUUUGUAAAUGUGACCGAAGCAUAAAUUGGCACCCAUGCUAAGACAUAUACCCUCUGUGAAGCCUUCGCAAUCAUUGCACACGUACUUAAACGGAAGUGUUCUGCCUGUACAUUUGAUACGCUAUUUGUGGGGUGUAAUAUUUUAUAUGUUGAUCACUUAACAGUUAUGCUAUUAUUAAUUUUCACUAAAGAAGCCAGUUGUGAAGUUACAUAUAUUAGAUCCUUCCUAUUUUUCCUGCUGUAUGCGACCAGUUUCGUAACUUAUUGUGUCAUGGCCUGACUAAGCUGCACUUCUGGAAGCCCCUUACUGGUCAGGCUCGUUAGGAUUCCAUAGAGCCCUGGACAUUGACAAUUUUUUCAACACAGUCUAUAUGCUGUUUUUGUUAACAGUAACUGAAUAAGUCAAAUAGCAUCAUAUUAUUUCAUUUAGAUUACGCCAGUUGACAUGUUUCCAAAAUGUAUCGUUUUGUGUCAUUUUUUAAAACAAUAAACACUUACUGAUG